UCGGUUAAAUAGAUUGUACAGGCGCCAACUUCGUGCCAUUCGUUACCGCGCAGCAGCAGGUGCCGGUCGCGCGACUCCUGGCUCUCACCCAGCGUACGCGGAGCACGGCAGGCGGCAAGUAUAGUAUCGGCUGGGUGUUUGAGGGAUUAAAGUGUUACCGCGAGUCAACCGGUCAGCCAUGUGCUCCGCGAGGACACCGCGCAUUCUCUCGGUCCAGAGCCACGUAGUGUCGGGAUACGUCGGCAACAAGAGCGCUACUUUCCCGUUGCAGCUACUGGGCUUUGAGGUUGACACAAUUAAUUCUGUACAAUUGUCCAAUCAUACCGGCUAUAAGGCAUUUAAGGGUCAAGUGCUGAAUGACAAAGAUUUAGACGACCUAGUUGACGGUCUGGUGCAAAAUGGCUUGGACAAUUAUACGCAUUUACUAACUGGCUACAUCGGCUCUGCUUCUUUUCUGAAAAGAGUAGCGGCACUAGUCACGACUCUAAAAGCCAAAAAUCCAAAUCUUACAUACGUUUGCGACCCGGUCAUGGGCGACAAUGGCAAAAUGUAUGUCCCGGAAGCGCUGAAAGAUAUUUACAAACAGGAAAUCGUGCCACUGGCGGAUAUAGUAACUCCAAACCAAUUUGAAUUGGAAUUACUUACAAAUGAGAAAGUCACUAAUAUGAGCGAACUGCAAAAUGCGAUUAAAAAGUUACAUCAGAACGGACCAAAAACCGUGGCUGUGUCGUCGACCGAGCUCAGCGACAAGCUGACGGCAAUAGUGAGCACCGCGAAAGAUAACGCGUUAAUGAAAGUUGAUAUUCCUAAAAUACCAGCAACAUUCACGGGUUCCGGAGAUCUCUUUGCUGCGUUAUUUCUUGCCCACGUAUACUUACAAAGUGAUAUGAAAGCAACCAUGGAAAAAACUGUAAAUUCCCUGUACAGCGUGCUGCUUAAUACAUAUGAAUAUUCGAAAGUGUAUGCGGAUAUCGGGGCACAAUCGGUUAGAAAAAUUGAAUUGCGGCUCAUACAAAGUAAAAGCAAUAUUGAAAAUCCAGAAAUUCGUCUGUUUGCGGAAUCUUUAUAACAUAAAGUUAUGGGAAUAGUUAAGAGAAAUGCUUAAAAUGUUGCUUACUAAAAGAGAAAAGCAUAUUUUUCAAUGUUCUUGGCUAUAUAUAUAUAUAUAUAUAUAUAUAUAACUAUACAUAUAUAGUUUAUGUAAAGUUAUAUUAAUAAUUAUACAUUAGUUAUGACACAUGGCAUGGAAACGGAUUCCAGGACCGAUCGCAAUUUAUGUACGCCUCUCAGUCUAUAGGAACUUAAUUGAAGAGUUGGGUAUUGUGAAUGCGAAAAAGUAUGAUAUAUGGAUUUGGGAAUCCAUUUAUUUGCUGCAUAACUAAAUGUUUGUUAAAUAGCAUUUACAAUAAUGUGAAGGCUUUUCCAAAUAAUCAAACCCCAAAGACCAAAGUAUACGUCUUCCAAAAUGCAUACUAUAAUAAUUAUUUAUAUUAUAUGUACACACAAUCUGUAAUAGGUUUACAUGACAGAUGCUGUUUUUAUUCUGUAUUUAGGUAAAUUUUGACGACCUCGUGUCCAUGAAAUAAAUUAAGUUAAUAUUGUUAACAC